CGCUCCCCGUGCCACGAACUCUCUCCGGAGGCCGCAGCGGACUUCUCCCGGCCUCCUGCUCCGGCCAGAGCUCGCUCGGGGAGGCUGGGCAGCGCCUGGGCCCCUUCCUCCUCCCCUCCCCUUCUCACCUAGCUCUGACUGCAGCUGGGCCUGGGCUAUGCUGCAGGGCGGAUUCCCCAGCAGAGCUCCACCAUGCCAGCAGCGUCCGGAAAAAGGUUCAAACCCAGCAAGUACGUCCCGGUCUCGGCCGCUGCCAUCUUCCUAGUGGGAGCCACCACCCUCUUCUUCGCCUUCACGUGCCCGUGGCUCAGCCUCUACGUGUCCCCAGUCAUUCCCGUCUACAAUGCCGUCGUCUUCCUCUUCGUGCUGGCCAACUUCAGCAUGGCCACCUUCAUGGACCCAGGCAUAUUCCCACGAGCUGAAGAAGACGAGGACAAGGAGGACGACUUCCGAGCUCCCCUUUACAAGACGGUGGAAAUCAAGGGCAUUCAGGUACGCAUGAAGUGGUGUGCGACCUGCCGCUUCUACCGGCCACCGCGCUGCUCCCACUGCAGCGUCUGCGACAACUGCGUGGAGGAGUUCGACCACCACUGCCCCUGGGUGAACAACUGCAUCGGGCGGCGCAACUACCGCUACUUCUUCCUCUUCCUGCUGUCGCUCACCACGCACAUCAUGGGGGUCUUCGGCUUCGGCCUGCUCUACGUCCUCUACCAGGUGGAGCUCUCCGGUGUCCGCAUGGCCGUCACGAUGGCCGUGAUGUGCGUGGCCAGCUUGUUUUUCAUCCCCGUCGCCGGCCUCACCGGCUUCCACGUGGUGCUGGUGGCGAGGGGCCGCACCACCAACGAGCAGGUGACGGGCAAGUUCCGGGGAGGCGUCAACCCCUUCACCAACGGUUGCUGUAAGAACGUCAGCCGGGUCCUGUGCAGCUCCCCAGCCCCCAGGUACCUCGGGCGUCCGAGGGCCGAGCAGACAGUGCUGGUCAGGCCCCCCUUCCUGCGGCCCGACGUGUCGGACGGCCAGAUCACCGUCAAGAUCAUGGACAACGGUAUCCAGACAGAGCUGAAGAGGACGAAGUCCAAAGGAAGCCUCGAGGUGACAGAGAGCCAGUCCGCCGACGCCGAGCCGCCACCCCCACCUAAGCCAGACCUCAGCCGCUACACGGGCCUGAGGACACAUUUAACCCUGGCCACCACCGAGGACAGCGGCUUGCUAGGCAAGGACAGCCCCCCGACGCCCACCAUGUACAAGUACCGGCCCGGCUACAGCAGCAGCAGCAGCUCGGCCGCCUUGCCCCACUCCACCAGCGCCAAGCUGAGCCGGGUGAACAGCCUGAAGGAGCCCAACUCCAUCUGCGACGGCGGCCGCAAGCCCAGCUACCGCUCGGAGCCCAGCCUGGAGCCCGAGAGCUUCCGCUCGCCCACCUUCGGCAAGAGCUUCCACUUCGACCCGCUGUCCAGCGGCUCCCGCUCCUCCAGCCUCAAGUCGGCGCAGGGCACGGGCUUCGAGCUGGGCCACCUGCAGUCCAUCCGCUCCGAGGGCACCACCUCCACCUCCUACAAGAGCCUGGUGAACCAGACACGCAACGGCAGCCUGUCCUACGACAGCCUGCUGACGCCCUCCGACAGCCCCGACUUCGAGUCGGUGCAGGCCGGCCCCGAGCCUGAGGCGCCGGUGGGCUACACCUCGCCCUUCCUCUCGGCCCGCAUCGCCCAGCAGAGGGAGAGCGACCUGCACGGCCGCUUCGCCGCCGGCUCCCCCAAGCACGCGCCGCCCCGCGAGCCCUCGCCCGUGCGCUAUGACAAUCUGUCCCGCCACAUCGUGGCUUCCAUCCAGGAGCGCGAGAAGCUGCUCCAGCAGCCGGCGGCGCCGGGCAGGGAGGACGAUGCGGGGCCGGCGGACUCGGGCGUCCAGCCGGCGACGCCGGGCUCCGGCAGCGCCGCCCCCCGCGGCAGCUCUUCCUCGGACGAUUCCAAGCGCUCGCCCCUGGGCAAGAACCCGCUCACCCGCCCGGCCCCUCCCCGCUUCGGCAAGCCCGAGCCCCCGCAUGCGCUGCGGGUGCGCUCCCUCGGCUCCCCCGAGCAGCCCGCCGCCCCCCACCUGGGCAAAUCCGUGUCUUACAGCAGCCAAAAAACAGCGUCUCCGGCCGGCAUCCCCGAGGCCGAGGAGGUGGCCUUGCAGCCCUUGCUGGCCCCCAGAGACGAGGUGCAGCUGCGGACGUCCUACAGCAAGUCUAAUGGGCAGCCCAAGAGCCUGGGGCCGGCCGCCCCCGGCGCGGGGCCCGUGCCCCUCAGCAGCCCCACGCGCGGUGGAGUCAAGAAGGUGUCGGGCGUGGGGGGCACCACCUACGAGAUCUCCGUAUGAGGGGCAGGGCCCGGGGGCCUCCCCGCGGGCACGGACGCUCUGCAGCCCCCGGGGACGAGGGGCGGACGGGCUGGCGGCGCUUCCCUUCCUGAUUUUUGGUUUCUCCCCGUUUCCCCCUCCCCUCCCCAGGACUCGGGUGCUGCCCUCGCGCCCCAGCAGCGCCCCUCUUCCUCCGAGGACCGCGGGGGGGCCCCGUCCCGCGGCCCCCCCGCCCCGGGCCAGCCACUUGUGGGCCUUGUGCAAUCACUCGCUCGCCUAGUGUGGUAGGAAUGGAUUGUUUUUAAAACCAGAAUAACUUUUUUUUAUUAUUA